GUGAUAUUAAAGAGAGCGGAUGACGAGAAGGUGCUUUCGAUGCCCAUGGAAAUGUCUGCACAGAUAUCUCCUGAGCUGAAUCACCUGGAAAUAAACUGACUGCUUUGAAUCGAUGCUUUGUUUGGAGCGCAGGAUGAGUCUGAAACCUUCGCUCCGAAGUUUCCUAAUUCUGGAGACGAUCGGUGUGGUUUACCUCUUGCUUACCUCUGCACGCUGUGUGCCCACGGUCCACAAACCCCACACAGCACUAAAGAGCAACGACCAACUUAAAGAAACCGUGGCAUUCUUGGAAAAGUAUGGCUAUCUUAAAGCUGGGCCCCUCGAUGGACUGAACUCUGCACAAGUUAAGGAAGCAGUGAGGGAGUUCCAGUGGAUUUCCCAUCUGCCGGUCAGCGGAGUCCUGGACAAGCGGACAGUCCACCAGAUGGCCGUGCCGCGCUGCGGAGUGCAGGACGUCGGGAGCCACGGGAGCUGGGAGGGGCGAGUGGAGGCCCUCUUCCUCGGCCGAGCCGGGGAUACCCGGCGGGUGAAGCGCUACUCACAGCAAGGAGAGAAGUGGUACAAACACGACCUGACAUACAGGAUUAUAAACUGGCCCAGGUACCUGGAGCAACACCGAGUGCGGUUGGCGGUGAAAACGGCCUUUCAGCUGUGGAGCAAUGCGUCGCCAUUGACCUUCCGGGAAGUGAUGGAUGGCCCCGCUGACAUCCGACUUGCCUUCUACCAGGGCGAGCACAAUGAUGGGAUCGGCAACGCUUUUGAUGGACCAGGUGGAGCCUUGGCACAUGCUUUCUUCCCCCGAAGAGGAGAAGCCCAUUUUGACAAUGAUGAGAGAUGGUCCCUUAAUCAGGGCAAAGGCAGGAAUCUGUUCAUCGUCACAGCACAUGAAAUUGGACAUACACUGGGCCUGGAGCACUCUCCCGUCAAAAACGCAUUGAUGUCUCCGUUUUAUAAAAAGUUAGGCCGGGACUUUAUCCUAAACUGGGAUGACAAGAUGGCCGUUCAGAAACUAUAUGGGAGGCCGCUCCACCAGUCGGGAAUGCAGCUGCUGGCGGACCUGCUGACUUCCUUCCAGAACCCCGCGGAGCACACCGAGCUCGGGGACCCUCCUCAUGGCCGCCUGCAGCCCUCCUACUGCCGCACCCACUUCGACACCCUGACCAAGGAUCUAAAACAAAUGAUCUACAUAUUCCGGGGUGCUGACUACUGGAAGCUCUCGAGGGACGGCACCAUCAGGGGACCGCUGUCACUGCAGAAGAGCUGGCCCCAGCUCCCGGCUGCUGUCGAGGCAGCCGCAGUGUCGGAGAAGGAAGGGAAGUUCUACUUUUUUAGAGGAGGCCGUUGCUGGAGAUACACAGACAGCCAGCUGGACAUCGGUUACCCCAUGAAGGUUAAGAAGAUGGGGCUCCCUCGACACCCGGACGCUGCCUUCUACUUCCCCCCGCUGGGUCACCUAGUGAUUUUCAAAGGGUCCAAGUACUUUGUCCUGAACGAGGAGACGAUGCAGGUGGAGCAGUAUUACCCGCGCACCCUCAGUGACUGGAAAGGGAUCCCUGUCGGCAUCAAUGGGGUCGUCAGCUGGAACGCCAAGCAGACCUAUUUCUUCAAAGACGAGACUUUCUGGCGGUUUGACAACAGCAGACUGAAGGUGCUGGGCCAGGGCAAGUGGGCGCAGGAACUGGGCUGGACCGGCUGCCGGCUCAGCAACGAAACAAACUCUGCACGGCCACAGACGUGACCCACGGCGUCGAGCCCCCGAACUACCAGAUUAAAGUGCAAUUCCCCAACAA